UUAAGAGAAAUGAUAAUUUCUUUCUGGUAGGAGAUCCAAGAGAAGUCGGUCUAGUAUUAAUUGUAAAUGGAUUUUACUGAUCUUUAGGAAAACACACACAAAGCUUUCCUUAUGAUCGAUAAACCGCUCGGUGACAGCAAGUCACUGGCGCCACGAAACAAACCCGAGGAAGGUAUUAUAGGGCUAAACCACCGCACAUUUUUAUAUUAUAUAUAUGUUUAUACACAUUGGCAUGACCGUUACUGCACCCGAAUGUCUUUACUACUUAUAACAUACCAAGAGAAACGUGAACCGCGAUUAAUGAAACUUCGUCUCUCAGCUGGCGUGGAAUCGAUGUCGUGAUUGGAUUGGAUACCGUUUUGAUAACGGUAAAUCCGAUUGUGCGGUGUGGUACAACAGACUACGUAUAUUCCAGCGGUCAUGACGCAAGUUGCGACCCACGGUAGGGCGUGGCUAGUACGACUCUCGCCGUUCGGGAGACCACACGUGAUGUAGAUGGUUACAAGACAAUUUUGUUGGAGUUCAGUGAAGUUUGAAAAUGGAUACCUGGGGAUGUGUAUAUUGAUUCACAAAAAGUUUUAGGCCCUUGUGUGUCACCAUAUGCACGAUGGAAUAUACUGAAACGGUGUAGACGCUGUGUUUGAAUGAAUGGCCCAGAUGUCGAACCCAACUCGGCAAGUGAAUAACCGGCGCCUGCCCCCUCUCCCAGGCAAGGGGCUAAAACCGAGGACCAUACGUGCUGCAUCCAACAGAGUGCGAAAAGCGAAUCCUGUUCCGGACAUAACGAUAACAGGUUACAAUCCGAUGCAAACGGCGCAUGGAAAUCGCAUAUUGCUUUCGCCGACUCCAUUUGAUAGUAGUUCUGUCCAACAAGAAGUGAACUCUGACCUGGUGACACAGUUCCUGCACCAGAACCCGGAGUACCUGGACCACUAUGUGGAGACGUACGUGAGCCUGGACCAGGUGGAGCGCUGGCAGAUCCGCAAGUCGCGACCGCCGUCCUCGUACGGGAACCGAGGAUCCUCCGCUAUAGGAGACAGACUCAGAGUGAACGAAAACCACCAUCUUGAGAACAAGAACUCCUUAUCGAAAUGGAAGGCGCGGAUACAAACGAGCAAAGGUCGAGUGCUGCACGAAAUCGCCAAGGAAAUACAAAACCCAAAGGGCAAGGCUAUUAUCCUGCAUGAAUUGGCAGCAUGUGUGUCGGCAGCUGUCAAUGCAGACGGGUACAACCUCUACCUGGUGGAUGAAGGUAAACAAGAAAUUACCUAUAGUCCUAGCUCAAAUAGUGGUAAAGCGUUUGAAAACAGCGCAGAACGAAUUUGUCUGGGUCGGACAGUUGCUGCACACGUCGCCUGUACAAAAGAGAUCGUUCGAAUCAAGGAUAUAUGCGCGGAUAGUCGGUUUCCAGAAGGACUUGGAACAGGGCAUAGCAAGGCUCAUGCAGUUCUUGGUUUGCCGUUGAUGGAUGGACGAUCAAAUGUCAUAGGUGUAGUAGAAUUCUAUAAGAAUUACAAAUACAGUCUAUUCACCGAUGAAGAAGAAGAAGGAGCGGAGAAAAUACUUGCUUGGGGUGGACUUGCUCUGUUCUAUGCUGAGGUACAUGGUAGCAUGAUGCGCCAAAGAAGACUCAACGAAUUCCUGUUGACAGUUACAAAGUCUAUAUUUCAGGAUAUCAUUAGCAUGGAUACGGUCAUAAUGAAAAUAAUGAAUUUUGCAAAAUCGCUAGUGCAUGCCGACCGAGCCUCUCUCUUCUUACUUGAUACGAAAUCAAGAGAACUCUACGCAAGGAUAUUUGACACGGGAACGUCAGAGGAUACCGUUUUGCAGAAGGAGAUAAGAUUUCCGAUGGACAAGGGCGUGGCAGGUCAUGUUGCGUCCACGGGUGAGAUUCUCAAUAUACAGGACGCUUACAGCGACGACCGAUUCAACAGAAAUGUUGAUCUUCAAACCGGGUACAGAACGAAAACAAUUCUUUGUAUGCCAAUCUAUAUACGGGGCAAUGUGAUCGGGGUUGUGCAAAUGGUGAACAAAUUGAAUGGAACAUUUUCACGGACGGACGAAGAAGCCUUUGAGACAUUUGCAAUAUACUGUGGGCUGGCCUUGCACCACGCAAAGCUCUAUGAGAAGAUCUGGAAGUCGGAACAGAAGUACAAAGUGGCGCUGGAAGUGAUGUCUUACCACUGCCAGUGUUCGGAGGAAGAACUAGGAAGUGUGCGAGAUUCACCCACCGACUUCAAUGUUUCAGUUGUCACGCAAUACGAGUUCUCGCCGUGGGGGGUCAGCUACGAAGACAAGCCCGUAUUUGUCUUACACAUGUUUAAAGAUCUCUUCUCCUCAAUGAGAUUCGACACCUCCGAUCUGAUUCGUUUCACGCUUACCGUUCGGAAGAACUACCGCAACGUCCCGUACCACAACUGGGUGCACGCCUUCUCGGUGGCCCACUCCAUGUACACCGUCAUCAAGACCACGGCGCACGAGUUCACACCUCUCGAGUCCCUUGCCUUGUUUGUGGCGUGCUUAUGUCACGAUCUUGAUCACAGAGGUAAGACCAACGCCUUCAUGGUGAAGAGUGCCUCGCCCCUAGCUGCAAUAUAUUCGACGUCGACCAUGGAGCACCACCACUUCAACCAGACAGUGACCAUCUUGCAGCAAGAAGGUCACAACAUUUUCAAGCAUUUGACAUCAGAAGAAUAUAAAAUGGUACUUGGUGAAAUUCGACACUCCAUCCUGGCAACUGAUCUAGCUCUGUUUUUCGGCAACAAAGCUAAAUUGAAAGACAUUGUCGACAAGAGAGAGUUUUCUUGGAAAAACCAAGAACACAGAGAGUUGGUAAUGGCCAUAUCGAUGACGGCAUGCGAUCUGUGUGCCAUGUAUAAACCAUGGAAAACUCAGCUUGACCUUGUCAAUAUCAUAAUGGAAGAGUUUUGGCAACAGGGAGAUGAAGAGAAGUCGAAAGGGAUGACGCCCAUGCCUAUGAUGGACAGAGAGAAGAGAAAUGAGUUACCACAGUUAGAGGUUGGUUUCAUUAUUGGAAUCUGUCUACCAUGCUAUCAGAUACUUGCUGACGUUCUACUGGAAACAAAACCCAUGGUAGAUGGCGCUCUGGCCAAUUUGAAGAAGUGGCAGGAAAUGGCGGACGAAAACAAAAUGAUUAAAGACAAGGAGAAACCGGAAGAGGACACUGCAGCAGACGACAAAGUCGCAGAAGAGACAGCACGGGAUGAUAACACAUGAUCAGUCGGAACAGUGUUCGUUACAUUCCGUCAACAGUGUUCGUCACAUUUCGUCAACAGUGUUGUUAUCUUCUGUGCUUGUUUUAGCAAUAACGUCAUCACACGUGCAUAAUGGUGCUGAUGUUGAUGCGCCAACACCAACAAUGGCUGUAUACAAUGUUUUGCAACCAAAACAUACCAGAAACCCCCCCCCCCCCCCCCCCCACACACACACACACAAAAAACCCUAUCAGUAUACAAAUUCCAGUGCAUGAGCUGGUUGGUUUACACUGGAUAUGCAUGUUCUAACCUAUAUUGAAGCCCAAGUUAAUCGGCCACCUAAGGGAGUUUACAACUUUAUCUCUUAAGACAGGUCACUGUUUAAUGCAGACCAAGAUGUAUUAUAUUGGAUGUUCUGAAAGAAAAUAAGGUAUCCGAUUAAGACAGAUGGCGGCUUAAUAUUAACCAGUUAAUAUUAUAUUGGAUUUUAUGGAAAAAUAUAAGGUGCCCACUUAAAUAAGGUAGCUGCAUAAUAUGUUGCAUGCUAUUGGACAAUAUGAGGUGCCCGCCCAAGACGGUUGUAUGCUUAGUACAAACGGAUUUAUAUUAUACUCUGUGUUAGGGAAGAAUAUAAGGUGACCUUGUAACACAAAUGGCUGCUUAAUACAGGUCAUUUUAUAUUAUAAGCUAUGGAAGCAUAUACACUGUAUUGAAGCCCAAGGUAAUACAUCAAGUGGUCAUGCCAAACAUGUGGCUGCUAAAUACAGACCUGUAAGUAUUAUGUUAGAUGUUAUGGGACAAUAUAAGGUGACCUGUUAAAGCAGGUGGCUUCAUAAUACAUAUUGGUUUAUAUUGCAAUGCAUGGUAUGGAAGAAUAUAACGUGUUCCGCUUAAGGCAGGUUGCUGCUUAAAAUAUAUCAAUUUAUUGGAUGUUAUUGAAUAAUAUAAGAUGGCCUUAUAAGACAGGUGGCAUAUUCACACAGGUUAUUUUGUGUUAUGUUAGAUGCUGUGGAAGAAUGUUAUGUCGAUCUGUUGAAACACGCAGCUGCUUAAUGGGGACCGGCACAUGCGUAAAUUGGACUGUGUGUGCCUGUCAUUAAUGUGACAUCUCAGGGAUUCUAAUGACGAUUUAACGAGAGAUAACCCAAGUAAGGUAUACAUUCGUGGUAAACCACAGUACAGCUUGUAUUGGACCGAUUGCUGCAAGCACGGUGGUAUACGUAUACGGGAUGGUCAUUCUAUGUGGAAUAUAUUUUGGUGAUAUAUAAUACAAAGAAUAUAUACUGACGAGAUUCGAACCUAAGUACAUCGAUCACAAUAGCAUGUGACAGUCCAUGACGUUAAAUACAAUUACGGAUGUUUUAUAUGCACGUGGUUGUAUUUCUUUUGAGGGUUUCGUUUUCGAGACUAUAUAUAUAUCUAUAUAUAAUGAGGCAUCUUUAGCACUGAAUGUAUUGUCAGUGGUGUAUAUGCUAAGACAGACAGCGACUAUUUAUUUAAUUAAAAAUCUUCUAAAUCUUGUAUACAUGUUUUUAAAAACACUGGAAAGAAAGGAUAACAAACCAAGUGAUGUUUGUUUACAAAAUAAGGGCGGUUUCAGAAUGUUUUAAUCACUUAAUAUAGGAGUGGGGGCCAGAAAGAAUUUGUUGUAAAUACCCACUACCCCCAAAACUAAAAUAUAUAUUUUAAAAUGUAUGCUUACAUGGUUUUUGAUUGCACCGAAAUGAAGGCGAUAAACAUUGUGCCCAAUAUAAUCACUCCCAAAUUAAGUAGAAACAUGCAGACCUCAACAGAUUUGAACUCGAAGCCACUGAGAUGUCAAGUUUUAGAGAAUGCCUUUCUGAAUAUCCGCAACUCUUCAGUAGCUGUUUAUAAUCAAAUGUCACACAGUGCCUUUCAAUUGAGGUUUGGCUAUGAAAUUAAGUGAGGUAAAAAUCCUUAAUUGGUUAUUUACUUGCACAGGCUAAUAAUACAUUUAAAAUAUAGACAUGAAAUCUGAAAGACAAAACUAUUGAAGAAUUUUAAAAUCGUAUCUUUGAACAAGGUAAAAUCAAAAUGAUCUUUUGACAUGGUCCUAACUGCUCUCUUGAACCAGGUGCAUCGUUCGAGGACUGCCACCAUCCAGAACUAUUUUAGGAAUACUACAUGAGUGACGGUUAGAUACCAUUUAUCUUAAGAAUUGUUUUAAAACGUAUCUAAGGAGCGAAAGCAAGUUGAAUAUGUGCUUAAACAACGAAUUGUAAGAUAAACGACAUCAAACGGACACGUAGUAGUCUUUGUCUUACAUAUCCUCAUAAAACAGGUUUAAACUAAAUUUAAAAGUCUUUUCCAACUCGGGCCUAUUUACGUUCCAAGCGCUAGUGACUUAUGCGUCACAGUGUAAUCAAUUUUAUGUUAACGUAUACGUCACAGAGCAAUCGAUUUCGAUUGUGUUUUUUUCAUUGGAUGGUAUGGCAGCAGCGACCUGGUUAUCAUCUAGGAGCAGCCGGGCAUACAUCUUUAAAUUGUCAUAUAUGUGUUAUUAGUUUGUGCUAUCAAAAAUAAUGAAUGAUGUUCUCACCAACGGGUGAGAGAACUGAGUUACAUAAUUUAUUUAUAAGAUGCAUGUGUGUGUAUUCGAAAGCAAACUAGAAAACCCGCAAUAGUGUUAUAUAUUGUUAUUUGAAGUGCGUCUUAAAAGCACUGGACCAUACAUUUAUAAAGUAUACUUAAUUUGAGUUAAAGUAUGGAAUGUGAAAACUGUGGAUUGACUAAGUGAUGGAACUGACUGAUUUAUUGAAAACUGAGAUAUUGACGGAUUUUCUAAAUUGUAUAAACAAAUUAUUAUACAAGGUGCAUUUUAAUGUAUUAUGAAAGUGUUUAUUUAUUUAUAUAAGGCAUGUAAAUAAUAAAAUGUGUAGACGUAUUUUCUUCCAUACUCGACUACGUUAAAUGGAGUUCUAACUGCAGCAGGUCAAGUCAUAAUCGUCGCCCAAAUCGUUUGUUAGUUCAUAAAUGUCAUAAAUGAGUAUUUUUGAACAUAUUAAUGUACAAGAAAACAACGCUAUUAUUAUUAAUGUUUACAAUAUGGGAACUAUCGUCAUUUAUCGAUAAUCAUUUGACAAAGUGAUUUCAGAUGGAUCCAGGGGGUUCAUUAUCUUUCUAAUCUUGAUACAGGAAAGACCGUUUUAGAGGACUUAGGGGGAAAAGGGGAGAGGAAUAAAACAUCUCUGAGUGAGAUAUCCAAAACGCUUAUAUAAACAAAAGGCCAAUACCUAGCCCCUAAUAACUAGGGGGCGGAAGUAAAGCGACAAUGAAAGUUAAAAUGUGUUUAACGAGACCACUAGAGCACAUUGAUUUAUUAAUCAUGAGCUAUUAUAUGUCAAACAUUUGGUUGUUACAACACAUGGUCAGAGAAAACCGUUUUUUCAUUCGCCGCAAGGAAUCUUUUAUAUGCACGUUACCUUAGACAAGACAUCACAAACCACGCAUUUGAUAUACCACAGAUAACGAUGGGGGAAAACCAUAAUUGGAGAAUAGGUCCACCCAUGGGAUUCUAUCCUUCAACCCAAGCACCUCAGGCGAGGUUACGUUUUUGUAUUUUGUGGAGCCAGUUUCCCCCUUCCCUUCGCCAGGUAUGGCCCUGAGUAAUGUGAUAAGAUACCAAGAGAUUUGAAUCUGUCACAAUGGCGGAUCUGGGGCCUAAGGGCGACCCGGCACUACCUUUUCUCAUUCGGGGAAAUUCCCAGGUUGUAUUUAGUACCAGUAGUCCAUUUAGCCUAUAUUCUGCUCCCCUAACACUGAGUAAUGUGCUGUGGAGUGUGUGCCAAAGUUUAUUGUUAUUUCGCUUAUUUUAAAACAUAUGAAAGGUUCACGGGAAUAACCCAUGAUGUCCAAACAGAUAGUCAGUAUUACACCUGUCGUGUAUAUCAAGGUCACAAUGACAAACUAAAUUUAAAACCUAUAAUUAUGGUAGGCCAUUUUUACUAGCUGGCAAAUUAUGUUUUUAAUUAUUAUAAAUUUUCUUAGGCAGAAAUAUUGCACCUUUGUAUCAACUUACUAAAAUGCGAUAUCACAGGUUAUUCAUGUGGACCCGUCAUAUACUAGAAUAUUUUAGAAUAUGUUUCACUGAAAUAGUGGAAUGUUGACUACUAAAGACCAAAUGUGAGUAUUAGGUAUGUCCAUCAUUCUCUGAAUUCGCCACUGCAUAAUAAUGUAGAAUUAAAAACAAAAUUAAGUUCUUAGCUUGGGUGAAGCGAUGCCAACAUUAUAUUGUUUGUAUUAUUUAGUAAAUGAAUUGUUAAUUAAUUUUCAUAUCCAUCACAUUGUAUUGUUUAAUAAAUGAAUUAUUAAUGAAUUUAUAUAUGCAUAACAUUGUGUUUGUACUAUUUAUUAAACGAAAUGUUCAUUAAUUUCCAUGCCAAUCACAAUGUCAUAUAGUGUUUGUAUUAUUUAGUAAAUUUAAUGAAAGUUCGUUAUACGUAUUACGUGUAUUGUUUAUUAAAUGUUUUGUUCUUUUAAACUGCAGGAAUUCUGUAAAUAUGUGAAAUUGUUAGCAUGUUGUGCUAAUAUCAGACUGUCAACUGUCACCACGGAGUUGGCCAACUUGACUGUUGCAUUGUAAUUUCACCCACUGCCAACUUACGACGGGUGCGCUCAGAUUAACAACUAAUCGAUCGCAUAUACGUAUUAGAGCGCUCAGACUAGCAACUGGACAGUCGUAGAAGUCGUGAGAUCGGCGAGUUGGUCGAGGCUAGCAUUGCAGUGGUUUGUGUUACCUGUGACUUGUCACCUUAUGCAUUCACCUGUGAUAAUUCAUGUAUUCGUUAUAUUAUACACAUACCUCUUGAUGCUCGAUACGUUUAGAUACUUUUAGUUUACGUAUAACACGUUGUUUUAAAUGUUUGUCUCAUAGAUCAUGUCUAUACGCCAGGGCCAUCACUAUGAGCCCCCCCCCCCCCCCGAUGGUACAGACCGACCUCUCUGGCUCAAGGACUAUGUACCUAACAGAGAGCAAGGGGGCCGUUAACACCAGGGCCGAACCCAGAGAGCGAGGAGACAGUGGCCCCUAAAAAAACCCUAUAAAGACUGAUCAUUCAGUUUGAAAAAUGUUGUUGGGUUUUUUGUUUCUAUUUAUUUGUUUUGGGGUUGUUCUUUGUUUGUUUGUUUUCUGUUUGGGUUUUUUUUUUUUUUUUGGGGGGGGGGUUGGGGGUGGGGGUGGAGUUGUUUUGUUUGUUUUAUUCUAGUUGGAGAAGACCAUAUAUUACGAUGUUCUGAUAACUUUUUUUUUACUGCAUCCCCAGUUAUUUUGUGUUAGGUGCGGCCUCAAACGCGACCACCAAAAUUCAAAUAGAUAUUAUGUCUAACCUGCUGAGAGUUUGGCAAAUGCUUAUGUUUGUAAUAAUAAACAGCACAGGACUUUUACCGAAUUGCAAAUAAUAACUUGGAGAUUCAAAAUUAUACAUAAUAUCAAGUUGACACUUGGUCCAAAUGCAACAAUGUAAUGUCAACUGUGGAAUUAACACUAACAGUUUAACUGAUACCAUAAAUCAGUUAUUUAAUUCGAGGUAUUUGAACAUUAGUUCUGGCAGUGACUUAACACUUGUAACAUGAAAUUUCAUUCUAGAAAAGAUAGCCCUAUUUAGAACUGUAAUCAUAUAGAAAAUAAUAUAUGUGCCCGCUUAUCGAUAGUUAUUUCUGAAUUAAAGUAUUUUGACGACACCAUUAGCCGACAUUUAUCCACAGGUACUGGCUAUGUACUUUUCUUCCGACAAAUAUAUAUAUAUAUAAAGAAGAAGAUAUAAUAUAUAUAUAUAUAUAUAUAUAUAUAUAUAUAUAUAUAAAAUGUUUAUAAAUGAUUUCAAUUUUCUUCUUUUUUUCAUGUUAUUUUAUAUUUUUAACCCAAAAUAGGAUAUUUAAGAAAAAAGUUUCGGUAAACAAACUGUCCUAAGUCCAGCUACUUUCAAUGCCAGAGACUGGGAUGGAUGGGAUGGGAACUCUAUUUACGUGCCCAUAUCCACAAGGGUUCAGGCACGCCCACCCCGGAUUUAGCGUCUGACUUCGCCAGUGACCAACUCCGGGGCGGGGGGCCAGAGACUGGGCUUGGGAUAGACGUGCUUGAGCCUUAAAUAAGACAUUGGCACGUAACUAGAGUUCAAGGCAAACAAACCCCCAGCCAAUUACUCCAGUAACACAAUACUUUGAGAAUGUACGUGUCUUGUAGUCUGGAUCAUUCAGGGCAACUUUAAACAGUGAUGUGUGUGUAUAUUACCAGAAGUGGAUCCAAAAAUCUCCCCCAGGCUGUCCCAUCCCCAAGAUCUCUGAACAUAUCAAUAAGACACCCCCCCCCCCACCCCUCCCGCCAUUUUCCCCGGAUCCAUUCCUGGUAACACGCGUAUUAUUAACUCUCUAUUUAGGGCAGCAACUCAUAACGUAUUGGCGUCUAUAGUUAGGCGCAAAUUACAUCUGUACGUAAUCCGUAUGCGGAUACGUAUUCGUAAUCCACAAUGUAUAGAAUGAUCGGAUACAUACACGAGUACGGAGGACGCAUAACUGGAAUCAACUCAUUUGAAUAGAAAACCAUUGAUGCGGAUUACGCAUUACGCAUACGUAUACGCAUGCAAAUUAUGCACAAAUGGAAUAUGCGUUUCAGUCAUCCUGACGUACGUCAAGUUAGUUUCUAUGUACAUACUGUCUCCGUUUUGUUUUCUAUCAUUUGUAACAAACGAAUAAAAUGUGUGAUAUUACUAUACUUGUUAAUGUUUUGUUUAAUGUCUGAAAAUUAUUUGUUAUAAUAAAAUUAAUGAUGCAUAACUU